AUGGCCACCCUUGUCGACGACGUCAACUCCACCUCAACCGCCGUCAAGAUGGCGCCCUCUACGCUCGACCUGUUCAUGUUGACGUUCAAUGCCGCCAAGAACUUUAUCAAUGUUGCCGUUUUUGCGUCCCAUCUGCACACAGCUUUCCAGCAGAAUGGAACGGCUCUCCCUGACCUCGUCGUCUUCUCUCUGCAGGAGUUUGCUCCGAUGUCAUAUUCCUUCAUCGGCGGCUACUUCUUGAGUCCGUACUUCGCCCGAUACGAGGAGGCCCUGAACAUUGCUGCCACCAGAUACACCUCCUCAGGCGCCAGCGCUUCCUCCGACGACGACACGAUCACGGUGCAGCCUACAGCGGCGCCACUAGUGCGACCAUACACUCUUAUUCGCUCUCGCAAUGUCGGUAUGACCGGCAUCAUGCUCUUUGCACGCAACCCCGAGUCGAUUCUGCGCGUGGAGGAGGCCGAGGUCGGGUUUGGUGCUGCGGAGAUGGGCAACAAGGGCGCCGUGGCGCUGCGCGUGUUGUACGAAGGCAAGGCCGCAGAUGGCGGGAAGAAGACGACAGAGCUCACAUUCGUGGCUACGCAUCUUGCUGCCAUGGAGUGGAAUCUGCCCAGGAGAAAUGCCAACUGGGCGGCCAUCAUGCGUAGCAUGACGUUUGAGAACCCCGAUAAUAUUCUUAGCCCGAAAAAGCACGCCCUCAGCGCGGCUGGAGACGGCCAGGCAGAUGGUGCAGACGGGGAAGGUGUGCAUCUUCUGCACGACGAUCACCACGAGCAGAGCUUGGCCCUUCAGCAACGCCUGCAGGACAUUUCUGUCUUCAAGCCGACCUCCCACCUGUUUGUCGGCGGCGAUCUCAACUACCGAAUCUCUACCACCAGCCCACCACCAAUGGCGACGUUCCCGAGUCUCGACCCGGAGAGCGAACACUUCUAUUCUCACUUCUUCCCCCUGGACCAGCUGACGCGAGAGCGACUGGCUGGCAGGACGCUGCACGGCAUGAGCGAGGCCGAGGUCAAGUUUCCUCCAACCUACAAGUACGAAGUCCUCCCCGUGGACGACACACGCCUCAAGGUCGACGGCGUCGAAGACGUGCCGUGGUUCUUUGCCCCCCACCGCUACCCCAGCUGGACAGACCGUAUCCUGUUCCUUGAAGUCCCCGGAUGGGCCAAGGAGAAGUCAAAGAUCGAUGUCAAGACGUACGAGGCGAUGCCCGUCGUCCGCAGCUCAGACCACAGAGCCGUGUACCUCAGGGCAGCAGUGCCGUUGCUGACCGAGGACGAGCUGGCUCCGACUGGCGCGGUACAGGCGAGCGGUACUUCGGACCCUCGGCUUGUGUUGCCAGUGGCGAUUGAUCCUGAGGCCUGGGAGCGGCGAGCGGCGGCGAGAAGGAAGGAGGUUCUCGCCGGCUGGAGCAUGUUCUUGUGGUCUACCAAGGAGGGCGCGCUGGUGCUCGCGACGCUGCUUGCCGUGGGCGCCGGUGCUUGGUGGUUUAGCCAGUGA